AUGAGCUCGAAGCCGCUGGACGUCGGGACAGUCACGCCUCCCCUCGGGGGGAGCCACGACUCCACCAUCGUCAUGCUGCACGGGUCUGGGGACUCGGGGCAGGGGCUCAAGGAGUGGCUGGAGAUGGAGGGAGACUUGUUUCGAUUCGAGAGGACUAAAGUUAUCUUCCCCACCGCGCACCUGCGAGCCUACUCCCUGCUGGGGCCCUACGGCAUGCAGCGCGUCUGGUUCGACCGCCUGCGGCUGGACCCGACAGGAAAGGAGGACGUGCCGGGGAUGAAGGAGAUGGCGGCGCUCGUGAAGGAUGUCAUCAAGAGCGAGGUAGACGCGGGAAUCCCUCUGUCUCGGAUUGUGCUGGGAGGUUUCUCCAUGGGAGGAGGACAAGCGCUGUUCACUGCCAUCUCAGACGACGAGCUUUGCUCUGGCCUAGCCGGUUGCUUUGCUCUCUCGACUUUUCUGUCAGAGAGAUCCGUGGUGCCGGGCAUGAUAGAAGCACACAAGGCUGCGGGGAGGAGGAUUAUGCCCAUGUUGCAGUGGCAUGGAGAGGAUGAUGAUAUGAUCUCCUGCAAGUGGGGAGAAGAUAGUGUCAAGAGGAUUCAAGCAGCUGGAGCCGAGAUCGACUGGAAAACCUUUGUUGGACUGCAACAUAGUCUGCGCUCAGAUGAAGUCAAGCAGUUAAUGGUAUGGAUCAACGAGCGUUUAUCAGUUUGA